CAUAAUUCUUGCCUGAUUCUUGCUCAAAGAGAAUUAUAAUAUAUAUGCAUAUUUUUUAAAAUAGCCUCUGACAUUUGUUUUUAUGUUUUUACUUAUCUAAUUUAAUUACGUACAUAAUUAUUUUAUAAAUAGGGAUAAAAGGCAUGAUUAGUGUUUUGAAAACUUAUUCUCCAGUGUCAUCUAACUGAAAGUAUCUUACAACAAAAUUAAUUUGAGGUUAGACCAAAAACAAAUAGAGUGACUGUUUGAGAGUGACAUACCCCUGUUCUUGCUUCAUGCUUGUAUUCAGUCGCAUAUAAUAAAACACUUUGACUAAAAUAGGUUUCUAGAUAGCGAGCACAUAAACAUAAAGAAAUUGGGAUUAAAAGUACUAAAUCACAACUAUACAUAAGAAAAUAAUUUAUCAAGUUAACAUGAUGCAGCAAAAGAAACCUGUUAAAAAUAAACAGAUAAAAGCAGAGUUAUCAAAAGAGCUAAACUUUCUUAAAGGAUUGUUUUCUAUAAUGCAUCUGCCUACACAGUCAAGAAAUGAGGAGAAUGUAGAUUAUGAAAUUGUAGCUGAUGAUACAAAAAGUAAUGAUGAUAAAGAGUUGCCAAAACGUGCCCGCAGUAUAGCUGAGCUGGAAGAAAAGUUGGAAAAACUGAAAUCUCAGAACAAAUUCAACUUGAAAAACAAAUUAGUAAAAAAGAGUUUGAGCAGUAAAUUAAACAAAAAAAUUAAGAAAAAGGAGAGAAUGAAUAAAUCAAAAAUAAAAUCAAUGAACAUUAACACAAAACUAGAAAAAAAAGAAAUGGAUGUUGAGGAGAAACCUAAAGUUAAUAAUGCUAUCAAUGCCAAGCCUAUUUUCAAUAAUGAUGGUAAACUGGUAUUCUCUAAAUUUGACUUUGCAAAUAUUGGACACAGAGGUAAAGAACAUAAAACAGAAAAAGAUCCCAAAAAAAUACUAGAAAAUCUAAAACAACAAAAAGAAAGACUUCAAAAACUAGAAGAAAAAGAAGAUGGCGAAAAGGUUAAGGAAAUUAAAGAAAAAAUGGCAUGGAAAACAAUAUUACAGAAAGCUGAAGGACAAAAAGUCAAAGACGAUCCACUAUUGUUGAAAAAGUCUAUAAAGAAAAUGGAACAAAAAAAGAAACAAAGUAAGAAACAAUGGGAUAAUAGAAUCAGCAGUGUAGAGCAGAAGAAGGAGGAUCGGCAGAAAAAGAGGAAAGAGAACAUCAUGAAAAAGAAAAAGGAGAAGAAAUCUAAAAUAGUCAAAGCAGCAGUCAAGAGAGGGCGUGUAGUAAUAUAAACAAAUAUACUAUGUGACAUAUUAAAAGGACAAAUAAACUUGUUUUAUUAAAAA